AUGCCUGCAUUAGGGUUUGCAGCCCCAGUGGGUGCUGGAGGAGAGGAGUUCGAAGCGCGAAUAACACCAUAUGUGAUCAUAACAUGUAUAAUGGCAGCAAGUGGAGGACUGAUGUUUGGCUACGAUGUUGGAAUUUCAGGAGGAGUGACGUCCAUGAACGAUUUCCUGAAGAAAUUUUUCCCUUUAGUGUAUAGGAAAAAGAAUGAGAUCCAAGACAAUAAUAAUCCCUACUGUAAAUAUGACAAUCAGGGGCUUCAGUUGUUUACUUCAUCUCUCUAUCUGGCCGGUCUGAUAGCAACAUUCUUUGCUUCCUAUACAACCAGAGUAUGGGGCCGGAAGCCAACAAUGCUAAUUGCAGGAAUAUUUUUCGUGAUUGGAGUAGUGUUAAACGCUGCAGCUCAAGAUCUGGGCAUGCUUAUCAUUGGUAGAAUUAUGUUGGGAUGUGGAGUUGGAUUUGCUAAUCAGGCGGUUCCUCUUUUCCUCUCAGAGAUUGCACCCACCAGAAUCAGAGGGGGUCUUAAUAUUCUCUUCCAGUUGAAUGUUACAAUAGGCAUUCUGUUUGCUAACUUGGUGAACUAUGGGACUGAAAAAAUCAGGCCUUGGGGAUGGAGGCUUUCACUGGGUAUAGCAGGAAUUCCUGCUCUUCUUCUUACAGUGGGUUCCAUAUUUAUAGUAGAAACACCCAAUAGUUUGAUUGAAAGGGGACUCCUGGAAGAGGGUAAGGUUGUAUUGAGAAAAAUUAGAGGAACCAACAAUGUGGACCUACAAUUCAAUGAAUUAGUAGAGGCCAGCAGAAUAGCUGCAUCAGUUAAACAUCCAUUCAGAAAUCUUCUGAAGCGCAGAAACAGGCCUCAGUUAAUCAUAACAGUGUGCCUGCAAUUCUUUCAGCAGUUUACUGGUAUCAAUGCCAUUAUGUUUUAUGCUCCUGUGCUCUUUCAGACUUUGGGGUUCAAAAACGAUGCCUCACUCUACUCCUCUGUUAUUACCGGUGCUGUAAAUGUUUUGUCCACUAUAGUUUCAAUCUAUUCAGUUGAUAAAGUUGGGCGAAGAGUGCUUUUGCUCGAAGCUGGAUUGCAAAUGUUUGUUUCACAGGUGAUCAUUGCAAUUUUGUUGGGAACUGGGAUGAAGGAGGAUGAAGAGCUUUCCAAGGGCAUAGCAAUUGUGAUAGUGCUUACGGUAUGCACAUUCGUUUCAGCCUUUGCUUGGUCAUGGGGGCCUCUUGGAUGGUUGAUUCCCAGUGAAACAUUUCCAUUAGAAACCAGAUCUGCUGGACAAAGUGUGACUGUGUGUGUCAACCUUGUGUUCACAUUCGUCAUUGCACAGGCAUUCCUCUCAAUGCUUUGCCAUUUCAAGUAUGGGAUUUUCCUGUUUUUCGCUGCCUGGGUUUUAAUCAUGUCCACAUUCGUCCUGUUUCUGCUUCCUGAGACAAAGAAUGUGCCUAUUGAAGAAAUGACAGAGAAAGUGUGGAAACAGCACUGGCUGUGGAAGAACUAUGUCAGAGACUCUGAUCUGACUGAUGAUGAGGAUGGUGAUACCUAUGCCAAUCAAGAUAAUGGAAAACAUGAAGAAGAAGAUGAAACAAUUGUUACGAGUGAUCCUAGAAGGAACUCAUCAAUGGUGGCUUUUGAUGCAAGAACCUUAAAACUGUUUCCUUUGCAUUCUGAUAAAGAAAUCUCUCAGACUUCCAGGCAAUAA